UGGGUGCGCGGCUUCACCUGCACAUGGCGCGGCCGCGAAAAAAGUCGGCCGUGCAGCCUUGGCCGCGGUGUCGCAGCCGGCCUCCUCGGCCGCGGCCAAGGCCGCGGCCGUGGGGGACACAUAGGCUAGACCUGAAUGCGAGGGAUAUAGUGAAUGACGGUGUAGAUAGCUUCUCCAGCAAUGGAGGAGGAGGGGGAGGAGGAGGAGGAGGAGGAGGGGAAGGGGAAGGGGGAGGUGGAGGAUGUGGGGGAGGAGGAGGAGGAGGGGGAAAGUUUCGAAUGUUAAGCGAUGGGGAAGUAGUGAAGGAGGAGGAAGACGACAUGGGGGAAGGGAGAGAAGCUAAGGUGGGGAGGAAGGAGGAGGAGGAGGAGGAAAGAGCACAGGAAACAUGGCUAUGGAGUGGGAAGGGAUGGAGUAAGAAGGGGCUAAUGUGUCUGCUGGAACAGGCUGUGGUCUGAUGAAUGCCAUAUUAGCUAAGAGGAUGCGGUUGGAUGAACAUGUGAACAAACUCAAAGGACGUCC